CACUACCUGUGCAUUGCUGCCAGGCCGGCACGAUCGAAUUUAACUUUAGUUCGCAUAAAGCAAAGCAGGCGCGAAAUAACAGGUGGUGGUCACGAUGAUACUUCGUGAGUAGGCUAGCAGUCGUGAUCGAGGCUUUCCCAUGAUGUUCUCUCGUGAAGUGGUACACCGGGUGCUGCUCCACGGUACCCGGCAUUGCUGGCCAGUUCAGGUUAGGCCGUUUUGUAAAGCCGCCCUUCCACCUCCACCAAAGCCUCCAACAGUAAAGCGUAUAUGGAAUCAGCUGUUUGGCCGAUACCUGCUGGUCACGAAUACGGUCAGCAGCGGUGUUCUAAUGCUAAUCGGAGAUGUGGCGGCACAGGAAAUUGAACUACGCCGUGACCACCAACCAACCACAGCCGGCUAUGAUCAGCGGCGAUUGUUUAACAUGACCUUGGUGGGACUUUCACAAGGACCCUUGCAUCACUAUUUAUACAAAUGGGUUGACGCUUUCCUGCCCGGCGCAUCGAUUCGAACAGUAUUCAAGAAGAUUGGCAUCGACCAAUUCAUCAUCUCUCCCAUAUUCAUCAUCACGUACAUGUACAGUGCCGGUCUGCUGGAAGGGGCCUCGUUCGCAAGCUGUACCACCGAGCUGCGCCAAAAGUACUGGACCAUCUAUGCCGCCGAUUGGCUGGUAUGGCCACCGACGCAAUUCAUCAACUUCUACCUGCUCGGCCCCAAGUACCGUGUGCUGUAUAUCAAUGCCAUUACGAUGCUGUACAACGUGUUCCUAUGCUACAUUAAGCAUAACGACGAUUUACUGUCCUUUUUAAACUCAGAGGACUCAGGGGACUCAGCUGCCCCCGGCAAAGGAUGAUCGUGACACCAUCGUCGUCGUGGCGGUCAAUGAUUUCUUUCAAAAAUCAGUAACAAACUCGGGAUGCACCAAAGUAGAUGCUGUCGUUACUGCAAGUGAUUGUACUUAAUACUUUCCGACACCCUGGUGGUUAUGUUUUUUGUUUUGUUCGGGGUGAAAUCGUUAUAAUAUUGCCUAGUCUUCUCUUCUCUCACAUCGUUGGUUAUCCUAAUAAACGUUGUGCUUUUUAGCUCUCACAAAGUA